AUGGAUAGCCUCACCAAGAAGACCAUCACCACCAAGCGUGGCUUCGAGUACACGUACUACGUAUCCCCCGCCGCAUCUGGGAAGCCCACAAUCCUGCUGCACCAUGGCUUCCCUGACCAGGCCGAGGAGUGGCAGGACCUCAUCAAUAGCCACCUGAAGCCAGCCGGCUAUGGGAUCAUUGCCCCGGACCUUCUUGGGUACGCCGGGACGUCCAAGCCGACCGACCCCGCCGCGUACAAGUUUGGUGGUAUGACUGCCGACGUCGUUGAGAUAAUCGACGCGGAGAAGCUCGACAAGGUCGUUUCCCUGGGCCACGAUUGGGGCUCUCGCGCCGCCCAGAUGCUUUACAACCUCCACCCUGAACGGGUAAUUGGUCUAGUCAUGGUCAACGUGCCGUACAUGGGCGCAACCAGGGGUGCAUUUGACCUUGAUGCGGUGCUGGCGCAGACGCAGCAGGCGUUUGGCUACGGCACGUUUUGGUACUGGAAGCUGUUCAUUGCAGACGACGGCCCGAAGCUGAUGGAGGACAAUGUGGACAUACUGUUUGACAUUGCACACGACCCCGAGGCUUGGAAAGACACCUUCUGCACAGAGAACGGGAUGCGAAAGGCGCUGGAAAACAGAGGCCAAGGGUUCAACAUCAGGCCGCAUUCGUAUGCCACGGAGGAGCUCAAGAAAGCCUUCGUCGACCGUUUCAAGCGAGACGGCUUCGAGGCCCCAGCAUGCUGGUACAGGAGCCACGUUUUCGGGCACCAGAACGAGGAGGCGAAUCCCGACAACCAGGUCGUAAACGUGCCGACGCUGUUCCUCGGGUACGAGGGAGAUGCCGUCUGCAGGAAGGAGGGCAUCCUACCCGCUGUUCAGGCUGGCCUUCUGCCGCAACUGACGAAUGUCACCCUUGAAGGUGGUCACUGGGGACUGCUGGAGUUCCCGAAGGAGUUCGGCGAGAGUGUCACUCAGUGGCUCCAAAAGAUCUAUGGGUCUUAG